AGGAGAGAGAGAGCGGGAGAGAGAGGGUGUGUGUGUGUGUGUGUGUGUGUAGGAGAGAGAGAGCGGGAGAGAGAUGUGUCAUCAUCGAUUGCGCUAGUUCCUCCUCCUCCUUCUACUGAUUGUGCUUGUGUGUAUGUGUGUGUGUGUGUGUGUGUUCAGGGUUUAGCUGUGUGUGUGUGUGUGUGUGUGUGUGUGUGUGUGUAAUCACACAGGCAAACCACCCCAGUGAGUGUCGGUGUUUAGGGAUCGGUAUAUAAACCGCGGCGCGUCUCUUCUUGGUCACUGGCGCUUUACGCACUGAAGCCAUCGCGAGCGGAUCCUCUUCACUCCGGUGGAACUGACAAUGCCUCACGACUGGGGAUACGGAGCGGAUAACGGACCGGACACAUGGCACGAGAAGUUUCCGAUAGCUAACGGACCCCGCCAGUCUCCCAUUGACAUCGUGACUGCUGAGGCUCGGUAUGACCCUGAGCUCAGGCCACUCACACUGCGUUAUGAUCCAUCAGUUUCUCUGGACAUCAUCAACAAUGGCCACUCCGUCCAGGUCACUUUCGCAGAUGACAAGGACGCAUCAACUCUGACAGGGGGGCCCAUAACCGGCACCUACAGACUUAAACAGUUCCAUUUUCACUGGGGAUCUAGCGAUGAUAAAGGCUCCGAGCACACAGUUGAUGGAAAACUGUACCCUGCUGAACUUCAUCUAGUUCACUGGAAUACCACAUAUCCCAACUUUGGAGAAGCUGCUAGCAAGUCUGAUGGCCUCGCCGUGGUUGGAGUCUUCUUGGAGAUUGGUGCUGAAAACCCUCAACUCCAGAAGGUUAUUGAUGUACUGGAUGCCAUUAAAGCAAAGGCAAGUUCUGUGGGACUUUUAUGUUAAGGACUAAUGUUGUUGAUUUAUUCUGAGAUAAACUGGCUAGUCAUGAUUUUCUGGAUUUCCUCCCAGGGAGCGCAGACGUCAUUUGCAGACUUUGACCCCACUACGCUGCUGCCUAACGCUCUGGACUACUGGACAUACGAUGGCUCCUUGACCACACCCCCACUGCUCGAGAGUGUUACAUGGAUCGUCUGCAGGAAGUCAAUCAGUGCUAGCCCUGCACAGAUGGAGAAAUUCCGUAGCCUGCUCUUCUCUGUGGAGGGGGAGCCCGAGUGCCAUAUGGUGGAUAACUACCGCCCACCUCAGCCUCUGAAAGGUCGUGAAGUCCGCUCAUCUUCCAAAUGAGCUGCUCCUGGAUUCUUAAGCCUGCCCCUGACCCCUGUCAUGUUGUUUGGUUUUUACAUUAGAAUAAUAUUUCCCUGCCAUCUGACAAGAGCACUACUAAGUCUUUGCUUUUUUUACGCUCCAUUGUAGAUAUAUAGUCAGCGGAAGAAUAAUUUGCUUCUGUAUAUAUUGGGUAUGGUGUCUGGCUCAUCGUAAUCAAGAUUCACCAAAACAUACACACAUGCAAACCAAAUGUCUAACUCCAUGCUGCAGUGAAGUGGGCCAUCUGUCAUGGUUAUCUCUCUCUGCCUGCUUCAGGAUCAUGGCAGCUUAGCAAAAAGCAGCUUACCACCAUAACAUCCCUUAAAGCAUCUCUUUUACAGAUAUACCGUACUUUGCAAGCCUUUCGGUCAUGCAGUUUUCUAAUGAAAUCACUGUUCCAGGUUUCUUGGAGAACUUCAUACAGUUCUUCUUCUUCUCCUUGGUCUAUUAGCUACUACGGUCCUGUAACAGUGAAUGAAAAAAAAUCUUUUGAAAUCUAAUUUCUUUCUUUUCUACUGACACUAAUGCAGUAAAUACAAAUUAGGCAAUGUAAGACAAAACGUAUAUUGCCUACAAUAUUCGCACAGUACUGUAUAUGAGUCACGGUGUCAUGCCUACACUGAAAAACACGCACACGUACGAUAUCUGCACAACAGAGGAGGAGUAUGGUGGUUAACGCUUGAGUAUCGAAUCCUCAAAACGGAAGUUAGUUUCACAUUUGAUGUCUUCUAGAGCAGCUUAGAAUGAACUGUGAUCCUUGUGUGAAAGCAUAUGUAUGUAGUGUAUGUUCACUUUUUAAUGAUUCCCUAAAGAUACCUAAUGAACACAUUGCUGCUGUUGAGUUGUCCUUAAAGGAAGGGCUGGUGCAAAAAAAUAUGCAUACUAUUUUACUACAGACCACAGUCAGCUCACUGAAACAUGUUCAUUCAGCAAAAUAUGACGUUUUUAACAUUUCCUUCCUUUUCUCAUUUUGUUGCAUGAAAUCACGGGACCAGAGAAUUUGUGGCGAUUCGUUGAACUUGAACGUUUCAGACGUGUUGACUGUGUUAGAUCUGGAAUGAUUCUGACAUACUGUUAUUUAGGAUAUGUUAGGACCACAUUAUGCUAAACGCUAAAUUAUUAGAUGAUUUUAAUUAAAUAUGCUAUACAUAUAUUCAAUUACAUUAUAUAUUUUAAUGUCAAUUUUUGUGCACUAAAUAAGACAGCUAAUAAAAAAACCAAAUAACUUGUCAUACUAGAAUGUUUAUACUUAUAUUUAUAUUAAUUAGAAUCUUUAAAUAAAGUGCUUAGCAUGCUUGAACUCAUAA